CAACCACGUUGUUCUGCUACUUUUCCAUCACUUUCUCGGGAAAACCGGCGAUGGCAGAUUGGACCCAACUCCCCGGCGAGCUCCUUUACCUUAUUUCCAAGCGACUUCACACCUCCUUCGAUGUCAAUCGUUUCCGUUCCAUUUGUUCAACGUGGCGGUCCACAGUUACAUCACCUAAACGCCACCGUUUAGCUCCUCGUUUCCCUGUCCUCCCCGAUGAGGGUGGCAUGGCGAACACCUCCAAUGGGUUUUCCCUCUCGAAACGCAUCAUUUUCCUGCUGCGAUUGCCCAAAUUCAAUCCCGAAACAGACCGAUCGACCUCCUGGGUAGUCAAAAUCGAAGAAGAUGGACCAAACAACAGAGUCCAGCUCUUGAAUCCUCUCUCAAGGUCCCGUUUCGAUUCCCUCCCUGAGAAUUUUCCCAAAUUUUUUAACUUGUUGGAAUUUAGCAUCGUUGAAUUGGGUGAAGAAUAUGUGCUGCAUUAUUUAAAUCACCUUAGUUAUCUAGGUGAUACGGGCAACUUGUACAUGGAAAAAGUUGUUAUAUCUUGUUUUGACAAUAAUCCUAAUAAUGGUUUUGUUUUGCUUACAAUCCAUGUUUCUGGGAAAUUAGCAAUGUUUAAGACUAGUGAUAAGAAAUGGACUAUCAUUCAAGACAUGUCAUCUCCUUAUGAUGAUGUGAUAUUGUAUGAAGGGAACUUCUAUGCUGUUGAUAAUAAUGGUAGGACUGUGCUUGUGGGAUUGGAUUUUGAGACCAGUGAGGCUGCCAUGCCUGUUUUUGGUGGUGACAAGAAGUUUUUGGUCGGGUCGAAGGGUGAGUUACUGUUGGUUGAUAAGUAUUUGAGUAUCGAAGCCCCGGAGGGAUCGUGUUCAUGGGCUGGUUUAGACUUUGUCGAGGAGUAUUUCGAAAAUAUUGCUUUUUAUAUGAAUGAGAGGACAGUAAGAUUUAAGGUUUUUAAGUUGGAUGAAGUUGGUAAGCAGUGGGUUGAUGUUAAGAAUUUGGACGAUCGUGUGUUGUUUCUGGGUGAUGAUUGUUCCUUUUCUGCCUCCGUGGAAGAUUUGAAUGUGUGUAGAGGGAACUGCAUCAUUUUUGCAGAUAAUUUCUUUUAUUCUGUUGGAGAUGAUGAAUCUUCGGAGCGGUGUGAUGUUGGUGUAUUUGAUAUAGAAUAUGGUUCUAUAGGACCAUUACAGAAGUUUCCUCAAUUUUCCAAGCUGUUUUGGCCACCACCUCGGUGGACUUCAACAAGACUAUUGAAUGCACAACUAGACAACAGAGAAUCGGCCUAGCUCGAUAUUGUACUUCUGCUUCAUGGUUGGGAUGUAUUUUCCCGAUUAUCAAGCUAAGUGUUCUCUUCGAAUAUCUCGUAAUGUAGUAUGAAUUUACUGUCAUCUACAUUCGGUAUAAGAUUAAUAAUAGGCUGUAUCUUUCUCCUUUCAUAUUUCUCUAGUUGUAAUUGUUUAUCUUGUCAAAUAUAAAUGCAUUUGUACA